GAGGAUCUUUGGAAAAGUUUCUCCGGUGAAACAAAACUCCGUGUAGCAAAUAACUCCCUAGUCCCUACGUUGUUUUUCAAAUAUUUUGUCGUUGUUCCUCCCCUCAACUACAAACACAUAGCUGUCGAGAAAGCAACUAUAUUCCCAUCAUCGUGCUCGUGCUUUCUCUCUCGCUCCACCCUCAUUGCGGAUCUGCCCAAAUCUCCGCACCAACUUUCAUCCAUCCCCCUCUCUCGCUCUCCUUCAUCACACUCUAAAACCCAGAAACACAACAACCCUAUUUGAUCCCAUUCACACAACAUUUUCGAGAUUUAGAUCUUCCUCACUAAUUCAAAAAUGGCGACAAUGGAGAGCUUGAUCGGAUUGGUUAACAAAAUCCAAAGAGCUUGUACUGUUCUCGGUGAUCAUGGCGGUGAAGGUCUUUCUCUUUGGGAAGCUCUUCCUUCUGUUGCUGUUGUCGGUGGUCAGAGUUCUGGGAAAUCAUCGGUGUUGGAAAGUGUUGUCGGAAGAGAUUUUCUUCCUCGUGGAUCUGGGAUUGUUACGCGGCGGCCGCUAGUGCUGCAAUUGCACAAGACCGAUGGUGGAUCUGAUUAUGCAGAAUUUCUUCACGCACCGAAGAGAAAAUAUACCGAUUUUGCUGCUGUCCGCAAAGAAAUAGCUGAUGAAACUGAUCGUAUAACUGGAAAAACAAAAGCAAUUUCUAAUAUCCCAAUUCACCUGAGCAUCUACUCACCAAAUGUUGUGAACUUGACACUUAUAGAUCUUCCUGGGCUGACAAAGGUUGCAGUAGAGGGACAACAAGAAAGUAUUGUCCAAGACAUUGAGAACAUGGUUCGCAGUUAUGUCGAGAAGCCUAAUUGCAUUAUCUUGGCUAUUUCUCCUGCUAAUCAAGAUAUAGCCACAUCAGAUGCUAUAAAGUUGGCGAGAGAAGUUGAUCCUUCAGGUGAAAGGACGUUUGGUGUCUUAACAAAACUUGAUCUGAUGGACCAAGGAACAAAUGCUCUUGAUGUUCUUGAAGGAAGAGCAUAUAGGCUACAACAUCCCUGGGUUGGUAUAGUGAAUCGUUCACAAGCUGAUAUCAACAAAAAUGUCGACAUAAAUUUUGCUCGUAGGAAGGAGAGGGAGUACUUUGAACAUAGCCCAGAAUAUUCUCACUUAGCUCAUAAAAUGGGUUCUGAAUAUUUGGCAAAACUUUUGUCUCAGCAUUUGGAGGUUGUAAUAAGACAGAAAAUUCCAAGUAUCAUUGCCCUUAUCAAUAAGACAAUUGAUGAAAUCAAUGCUGAAUUGGACCGUAUAGGCAGGCCUAUUGCAUCAGAUGGAGGGGCCCAGUUAUAUACAAUAUUGGAAAUGUGCCGUGCAUUUGAUAAAGUGUUCAAGGAGCAUCUUGAGGGCGGGCGGCCUGGUGGUGAUCGAAUUUAUUUGGUUUUUGACCACCAACUCCCAGCUGCUAUGAAAAAACUCCCUCUUGAUCGUCAUCUCUCAACAUCAAAUGUCCGGAAAGUUGUAUCAGAAGCUGAUGGGUACCAGCCCCAUUUAAUUGCCCCUGAACAAGGAAUCAGAAGACUCAUUGAUGGAUCACUUGGAUACUUUAAAGGCCCUGCUGAGGCAACAGUUGAUGCGGUGCACCUGAUUUUGAAAGAACUCGUCAGGAAGUCAAUAGCUGCAACAUUGGAGCUCAAGAGAUUCCCAUCACUUCAAAGUGAUAUAGCUGCAGCUGCUAAUAACUCACUGGAAAGAUUCCGUGAUGAAAGUCGGAAAACUGUUGUGCGUCUGGUAGAGAUGGAGUCCACGUACCUAACAGUUGAAUUUUUUAGAAAACUUCAACUCGAACCAGAGAAGAAUACUGGAAACCAACCAGCUUCAAAUUCUGAUCGUUACACUGAUAAUCACCUUAGAAGAAUUGGAUCAAAUGUCACAGCAUAUGUCGGUAUGGUUUGUGACACAUUGAAAAAUUCUAUUCCAAAGGCAGUUGUACAUUGCCAAGUCCGAGAGGCAAAAAGAGCACUUCUAAACAACUUCUAUGUUCAAAUUGGGAAAAGAGAGAAAGAUCAGCUUAGUGCCAUGUUAGAUGAAGAUCCUGCAUUAAUGUCCAGAAGAGAAUCACUAUCAAAGAGGCUUCAACUCUACAAGUCAGCAAGGGAUGAUAUUGAUUCCGUGGCAUGGAACAGAUGAAGACUCACGUAUGAUUGAGUCUCUUAGGUUCUCACUGUCCGUUGUAAACGAACUAUGCAGUAGUGAAAGGUAAAAGGCCCCUCUUACAAGCUACGUAUGAUUGAUUAUUCAAUUCACACCUACACAUUCAUCCAUGACACAAUUCAUGAGAUAUUGAGAACAUUACUUCUGUAUUGAGCACCAAUUUUGAGAUAUAGAAUGUAGGUGAUUUAAAAUGUUCUCCGAGAAGAUAUCAAAGUGUUUCUUACACACUAUCAUUAUGGCUUUGGUCCUUUGUUAUUGUAAUUCUUUUGUGAAAAACACAAUGGCUCUUUCAGAUAUCUGAUAUUAACUAAAAGUCAGGGUGUAUACUUGUAAAUUUUGUGUUUUGCCGGAUAAUUUACACGAUGAGAGCAUAUUGAGUAAA